UAGCAUUGUUUUAAUCACCAGCAAAUCACACUACAUUAUUUGUUAAUUGAUUCCAAUUCUCCCAAACACAAGAAAGCAAAGAAAAAUGGCGAUUUCCACAACUGCGGCAGUUCCGAUCGUCGCUGAAACGUCGCCGUUUUCCAAUUCCAAGCUCGCUCACUUCUCCUCUCUUCAGUUCCCCAGUGAGCUCCGCAUUUCUCAAUUUUCAAGCCGUUGCCUCAAAUCUAAGCCCCGCCAUUCAACGCUUACGCCGGUUGCAUCAAAGAAGCAGUCAUUCACUUCAUUUGAGGAGUUGUUGGAGAAUUCUGAUAAGCCAAUUCUGGUUGACUUCUAUGCUACUUGGUGUGGUCCUUGUCAGUUUAUGGUUCCUAUUCUGGAUCAAGUAGGUACUUCAAUGAAUGAUAGGCUCCAGAUUGUAAAAAUUGAUACAGAGAAGUAUCCCAGCAUUGCAGACAAAUACAAAAUACAAGCAUUGCCAACAUUCAUUUUGUUUAAGGAUGGGGAACCAUUUGAUCGCUUUGAAGGUGCAAUGGGCAAAGACAAGCUUAUUGAACGCAUAGAAGCUUCACUAGAAGUUAAACAGUAGUGCCAGUUUGUGCUACCAUGAUAUAACGUGAUCUAUAAGGAUCGCAGAAGGUUAUAGAGGAAGAUGGAGAAAGUGUUGUAACUUGCAAUGGGACUGUGCUUGUUAAUUCUUAUAUUUAGCAUUAUCAACCAAACCAAACAGAUUUUUAAUCAAGCAACUUGUUUGUUUUUGUUGCUCAAACAUGUCAGGGAAAUGAAUUUCAUAUUCUAGUUGCUUUAAAA